CAUGCAGGACGGCGGAGGUGGCUGACAUUUUGUUCCUUGUGGGGCAGUCAGAGGGCACAGAGAGGGAGAGAUACUGGCUGGUCAAGGACUUCAUCAUCAGCAUGGCCCGUUCCUUUGAGAACGUGGUGAUGGGCAAAGGAGGCAUCCGGCUGGCAGUGGCACUCUAUGGGGAGAAACCAAGGAUGAGUAUUGAGCUCACAGAUUACGUGACCAUUGAAGAAAUGCUGGUGGCAAUCCAGGAUCUCUCCCUCAAAGGUGGCAGCUUAAAAACAGGGUCAGCUCUGGCUUUUGCGGCUCACACCAUGUCUCGCCUGGACAUGCUGCGAGAGGAUGCGGCAAAGGUAGUUGUUUUGAUCACAGAUGGGAAAUCCAGCGACGCAGUUGAAAAUGAAGCACGGGCCCUGCGGGAUGGGGGGGUGACAGUGUUUGCUGUAGGAAUUAAGGAUGCUGACAAGAAGGAACUGAAAAAAAUAGCUUCAGAGCCCACCGCAGAGCAUGUACUUUAUGUUGAUGAUUUCCACCUGCUCCACAACGUGGCCCGUAAGCUCUCUCGAAGGCUCUGUUUCACUGCCUCAGAGCCACCACGGCCCAUCAAGCAGACUGUGCAAGCUGAGAAGAUCAUCGGCCCCCAGGGUUUACAUGUCACUGAGCACAGCCACAGCUCACUGCGACUCACGUGGGUGCCAGCUACAGGGAGGGUGACGGGGUACCAUGUCCAUCUGCAUCCCUUGCUGCCUUCGGGGCAGCCAGUUUCGGAGGACCAGCGGCAGAUUGUGGUGGAUGGUGACAAAAGUACUGUGCUGGUGACUGAUCUGAAAUCCAACACCAAGUAUGUCUUCACAGUGAGGGCCGUGUAUGCAGAUGCCCUUGGGGAGUCAACAGCUGUCAAGGGGAAAACAACACCCGUGCCUCCAGUCACUAAUUUCCGUGUGAUAGAGGAAGGACUUUUUAGCUUGAAGGUGGCUUGGACACCUCCACUGGGCAAGCUGGAGGGCUACAAGAUCUACAUCCCCAGAACCAACAGACCAGGAAUGACCUACACGCAGGUUCUGCGGGGCGAUGUUUCUUCCCACGUGCUGGAUAACUUGCAGGAGGAUAGAGAAUACACCAUCAGCAUCUAUGCGGUGUACCCCCAGGGGCCGAGCCAGCCUGUGGCUGCUGUAGGAAGAACAUGUCCUUCCUAACUCUGACCUGGAGCUCUGCUCUUC